AUGAUUCUAUCGGCUAUAGAGCAAGUUUUCGAUCCCUUGAGAUUGAUAGGGCCAUUCGUCGUAAGAUCGAAGAUGCUUCUGCAGGAUCUUCGGAAACUAAGGAUAGGAUGGGACACACCUAUUCCGUCAGAGAUAGCAAAGAAAUGGUCAUCAUAUUGUGAGCAGGUGAAACAAAUUGAACGCAUUAAAAUUCCACGGCAUGUUUUGGUGCAGUCACCACAGGAAGUCGAGAUCCAUGGAUUCUGUGAUGCAUCACUGGUUGCAUAUGGUGCUUGCAUCUAUCUUCGGUCGGUCAACGGUGACGGAUCAGUAAUGGUCAGACUUUUGACUGCAAGAUCAAGGGUUGCUCCUAUGAAGACACUAAGUUUGCCAAGGCUUGAGCUGUGUGGAGCGGUUCUAUUAGCAAAUCUUCAUAGCAAGGUGAAGGAAGUAUUGACUGUGAAAAUAAAGGAUUCUUGGUUUUGGAGCGAUUCAAUGGUGGCGUUGUCCUGGAUCAGGGCAGAUCUGUCUAGAUGGCAUAUCUUCGUUGGCAACCGGGUCAGUAAAAUUCAGCAACAUACAUCAGCAGAAAAAUGGAAUCAGGUGCGAACGGAUCAAAAUCCUGCUGAUCUGAUUUCGAGAGGAACGGAACUCGAUGAUCUGGAAAAAUUAACAAUCUGGUGGAAUGGUCCUUCAUACUCUUCAUGGACGAAGCUAUGUCGAAUAACACCAUAUUGUCAACGAUUUGCUGGAAAUUUGAAAAGGAAGAAGAAUGGAUUGUCGCUGAUCACGGAUCAUUUAUCUGCAGAGGAGCUGGAUAAAGCUCGAAUUUCCUUGCUUAAACUAUACCAGGAGGAGGAAUUUUUAAAAGAGUUGUCUGAUCUUCGUCAAAAUAAACCUAUCAAUUCUACGAGCAGAAUCUUGACCUUCAAUCCUUUCUUAGAUGAUCAGGGAUUGAUGAGAGUGGGAGGAAGAUUAGCAAAUGCUCCAAUUUCUUAUUCCAAAAAAUUCCCUGUUAUCCUGGCAACUAAACACAUGCUUACGGUAUUGAUAAUUCGAAAUAUGCAUUAUAAAAAUUUACAUGCAGGGGCGCAAUUUUUCAAAAGUGUACUACGAGAAUUAUAUUGGAUUAUUUCAACAGAUUGCGCAAUACUUCGUGUAAUACGAAAAUGUGUUUUAGGUUUUCGAUUAAGAUCAAAGAGCCCAACGCAAUUAAUGGGAAAUUUACCUGCCGAGCGCGUUACUUCGUCACGAGCUUUUGCUUAUACAGGAUUGGUCUAUGCAGGUCCUUUUAAAAUUAAAUUGUCUCGAAAUGUUACAGGUAAAGCUUAUUUGUGUGUGUUUGUGUGCAUGGCAACGAAAGCUAUGCAUCUGGAGUUAGCUUCUGAUUUAUCAACAAACACUUUCUUAAAUGCUCUUAAACGUUUCAUAUCUCGUCGCGGUAAAUGUCUAUCUAUUCAUUCUGAUAAUGGUCUCAAUUUUGUGGGAGCAAAAAACGAACUCCAACAAAUUGUAAAGAGUUUGUUGACUGAAUCGGAAAGUAAAACUAAAAUCGCAAAAUUUGUUUCAGAAAACUCAAUUGCAUGGAAUUUUAUUCCGCCGUAUUCUCCGCACAUGGGAGGUUUGUGGGAAGCAUGUGUGAAAUCUGCGAAAUCGCAUUUGAGAACAGUGUUUAAUGACACACCGCUGACCUUCGAGGAGUUUUACACUUUGAUUACGCAAGUCGAGUCUAUAUUGAAUUCUCGGCCGCUUUGUCCUCAGUCGACAGAUCCUCAUGAUCUGACUGCUCUCACCCCUGGUCAUUUUUUGAUCGGGUCUUCUUUUAAUUCAAUUUUGGAAAAAGAUCAUUUAGAUAUUCCAUUAAACCGAGAAGUUGAGAAUGUCAAGGUGGGUCAAAUGAUUGUCAUCAGGGACGAUAAUGCGCCGCCACUGCGUUGGCGUUUGGGCCGCAUAAAAGAUUUGCAUCCGGGUAAUGAUGGAAGAGUGAGAGUGGUGAGUGCAAGAACGUCAUCGGGUAUUGUCAAGCGAGCAUUGCCUAAAAUUUGUAUACUUCCAAUCGAAGAUGAAAAUGACUGCAAGGUUUGA